GGUGGUCCUGCCAGGCUGUAGCUGGAGAUUGGUGGGGUCAGUGCGUGGCUCGAGGUCCUGUGCAGAGCGGGAGCAGUGUAGGCGGGGGGCGAGAGGCCGGUGUGCGCGGGGAGGUGCAGGCUUUUGUGCGUGUGUGCGUGAGGAGGAGGUGGGGGUGCGAGGCGGGCGGGGUGGCGGUGGGAGGCGGUCGCGCAGGGCGUGGGUGGGAGCGGUGGGGCGCAGGGCGGUGUGAGGGCUGUAGGGGGCGCUGUGCGCUCUGCCGUCGGGGUGGGGAUGGCCUAGAGGAGAGGCCAGGUCGCGGGACGCUGGUCCGAAGGGCGGCGAGUUCGGUUCCCCACCCCCCGUUUUUGCCCGCGCAUCUUUUUUCUCUUCUCCUCCGGCAUCGCCUCGGCCCCACCUGGGCUAGCAGAGCACGGGCAGCUUUGGCUCCCCUCCUUGACGGGUCCUGAUGGGGAGCCGGGAGGCUCGCUGCCCUCUUGCUCUUUCGGGCCCCUGCAACGGAAGAGGGCAGAGAGCCACAGGCAGGAGGGGCGCCUGGCUGCUGGCCGGGCUCAACCCUGGGCUGCAGCAAAGGGCUCGGCAAGUCUGGCGUGGGCGAGAAAGGCAGCGCAAGGCCAAGCCGGGCUGCCCGCGGGCGCAGCUGAAAGGAAACCUGCAGCAGCCCCAACCCUGCCUUCCAGGGACGGGGCGGGGGGGGGGGCUGGCAGGCUCAGCACGCCCCAACCAAGCACACACGCCUCCUCUGAGGAAAAAAAUCUCCUUCCCUAACUUUCUGCAUCGCCUCGGCCGUACGUGAACCCUGAAACCGGAGGCACGAAGCCAAGCGGCUGCAAGUCCUGGAUUUCUCCCAGUUCUCCCUCAGAGAGUAAAGCACCAGCUCCCCCUGCUCUCCCAGCGCCGAUCUCACCGCUGCCGAUGGCCGAGGCUCCUCCUCACUUCCGUUCUCAUCAAACCAAGAUGACGAAAGCAGCGUCUCCCGUCAUACCCCGACGUAGCUGCGGCCGCUCCCCUUCAGUGGACGCUAUUAUCAAAAUGGCGGCCGCGGCGGGAAAUAUGAGUGGGGUUUGUCGCUGGCAUGUCUGAGAGGGUAGCUGAGGCGCUAUGGAUGUCUUAGGCUGUAUGAAGUCCCUGCUCCUGGCAGCCACGCAGUACCGGGCCGCCAAGACACCGCCCAAUGCGGCGCUCCUGCAGCGCAGCCUGGAGGUUAUCUCUGGACUGAAGCUUACAAGAUUAUUUGCUUCAAACCAGAUUCUACCAAGUGAAUGUCUCAGUUGCCUAGUAGAACUCCUUGAGGACACUAAUAUAAGCCCAUCUCUAACCUUGUCUGUGGUUACUUUGCUGUCACAGCUAGCUUUAGACAAUGAGACUAGAGAAGCUCUUCAGGAUACCUACAGUCUAACCAGUGUGCUGGCAGGAGUGGUUCAUCGAAGUUCUACGAACCUUAGCGACCCAGUCUUACUACAGAGUAUUCAGUUGCUGCAGAGGCUAACCUACAAUGUUCCGGUCUUUUGCACUGGUGCCAACAUCGAUGAAUUAAUUUCAUUUCUAAUGCAUCAUGUUCAAUCCACCGAAGAUGAGUUAACGAUACCGUGUUUAGGACUCCUGGCAAACCUCUGUCGUCACAACUUAUCUGUUCAAACUCAGAUAAAAUCUUUGAAUAAUGUGAAGAGUUUCUAUCGUACCUUAAUAAGUUUCCUGGCCCAUAGUAGUUUGACUAUGGUUGUGUUUGCACUUUCAGUAUUAUCAAGCCUUACUUUGAAUGAGGAAGUAGGAGAAAAAUUGUUUCAUGCUCGAAAUAUCCAUCAGACUUUUCAGUUAAUAUUCAAUAUUGUUGUAAAUGGAGAUGGUACUCUAACAAGAAAAUACUCUGUUGAUUUACUCAUGGAUCUUCUGAAGAACCCCAAAGUUGCAGAUUAUCUUACCAGAUAUGAGCACUUUACCUCAUGCCUUGGUCAAGUAUUAGAUCUUCUUCAUGGAAGGGAUCCUGAUUCAUCAUCUAAGAUCUUAGAGCUGCUGCUUGCCUUCUGUUCUGUGAUAGAACUGCGUCAUACCCUGCGGCAGGCAAUACUGGAACCAUCUGGCUUGCCAGUCUCUGGAAAUACUAGAUUUGUGACUCGCUCAAAGACUUUUGAACCAUCUGUUGCAUUGGUGCACUUGUCAAACCAACCUUUGGAAGGCUCUGAAGACUGUUCAGUUCUAGCAUUGCAACUAUUCAAAGAGAUUUUUGAGGAUAUUAUUAACAGUGGGAAUAGUGCCUCAGCCGAACACUUUGUGGAUCUUUUGCUGCCUGUUCUUCUUGAUCAUCUUCAGAUGCCGGAACAGAUUGUAGAUGAGCUAUUAGUGAAGAAAAAGUGUGAAAGAAUGGUCAAGGCUAUUAAUGUCCUGACAAUGCUCUGUAGAGAUGACGCACUGAAAAUGCGUGCCUCGACGGUACUGACUGCCAGCCAAUGCACGUCUCUAAUAGAACACCAGUUUACCUAU